GCAAGCGCGGCUAGCUCCGUAGAUCUACACCUGGCCCCAUGCCGAUGUGCAUGGUUUAUGAACCUUGUGAACUGCGUCCCGAAGUAAAGGCGAAGAGCCUGUUUAUGGUUUACGAGUAGACCUCACCCUGCAUAUUUCAAACUCAAAUCGAAUCAAUUACAAGAAAGACUCUUGGCAUCGGUCAGUUUCGGGUCAUUGUUGUGUUCCGACAGUCCGAUCCCGACCCCCGCCAUGCAAUGAUGAUGGUAACUAAUUACUGAUAAACAACAAACCAACAAGAAUCCGUAGUGAGAGAGACGGACGAGGCGCUAGGAUCGCCAUGGCUCUGGCCGCCUCGAGAACGCCGCUGGAAAUCAAUCCGCCGUGCGUGGAGUUCGCCGACAUCGCACCGGGCCGCACUUACGAAGCGGCGGUGUCGUUGCGCAACAUCAGCUCUCACCUAGCCGCGGUGCGCGUUCGUCUUCCUAAUUCCAAGGUUUUCAAACUGCAGGGUGGAGAGAAGAACGUCUCCAUAGCGCCAGGCUUGGAAACACAUGUGGCUGUCAGAUUCCAGUGUGGCAAAGACAAGAGUGCCGCUAGCAAGGACGAUAGCAGUGGUGCGCGGAAAGCACACACCGGCUACCUUGAAGUGCAGAGUGGCAGCGACAUCUACAAAGUGAAGAUAUUAGCAGAGUGGCCCAAAGCCCACUGGGAUGUCACACGGCACAUCAAUUUCGGCAGGCAAAUAAGCGAUGGUCGCGUCUCUACAAAGACGCUCACGAUCCGUAACGACGGCAGCAAGGCUGGCACUUUUUCAAUCCAAUGUGGCCUGGAGGCUCUGGCAUUCGAGCCGUCAAGUGAUACGGUGGCGCCUUUCUCUUCAGUUGACGUGAAAGUAGAAUUGGCGUGCAACAUAUCUGGAAAGCUGGAAGCCUAUCCGUUGGUGAAAUUAUCAGAUGGAGUAGCCGAUCCAGUGACGCUAGAAGCGUUCGUUUCUGCCGAGUUGACACGCACCUACUGCGAUGUAGUGGACGAGAAUGGCAAGCCGCUCAGCGCACUCACGCUGGGGCCCACCUACUUCGGAACGGUGCGCAAAGCAACAGUGUUUCUGCGCAACAUUGCGCCGAACCACCUGGAUUUCGUCGUGCAAAUGGUUGAGCGCCAGGGAAAUGACUGGAGCCAGGCGCUGUGCGUGACAGCAGCUUUGGCCGCACAGAAAGCAAAGCAGGAGACACUCAUGCUGGAAUCGGAGCACGGCGACAUGGCUGGACGAAUUUUACAGGUCACACCAUCAUGUGGCCAAGUUCAGCCGUACGGCAGCACACCUCUGACUAUCAUCUUCAGUCCAGUGUUCCAACACUCUGAACUUGGAUGGAAGCAGAAUUGUAUGGCACCAGCGCCACGCAUCUUCCCUUGUCAUGUGCUCAUCAAGUCAGCCACGGCAGCGUUUGGCGGCAGUGCAGGUGCAGCUAUGAGUGCCAAUAUUGGCAUUACCGGUCACGCAGUACCAGUGCAGGUCAACAUAGAACCAACCGGCAGCAUGGGCGACUCGUUCCAGCGACGUGCCACGCACGAUGCCCUGGACUCGCACAACGUCUACGACUUUGGAACGUGCCGCGUCGACAGCAAGGUUGAGGUGACGUUCCGUGUGCUCAACUACUCGGACAGGAUGCCCGUGUGCGUGAAGGCACGUCGCCUGGCACACUUCUCCUGCACUCCAUCACGCUUCACUGUUCCCGUCGGCGGCUGUGUGGAAGUUCUGGUGACGUUUCUACCGCGCCAACUCGGUCUGUUCAACAGCUCGCUGUGUUUUGAAGUGCUGGACGUUGCUGGUCCACAAAGUAAGCACGGGGUUGCAGCUCGUCCCGUGAUCUAUGAGAUAUUUUCACAUCUACGAGGAAUGGCCGUGGCCGAUGGGAAGAAAACGAUCAAGCCGUUCGUCGGCACGCAGACCGGAAAGUGGAACCCAAGCGUGAGCUUGAUCGAUUCCUACGGCACUGCCUUGGAGAGCACCGCCGCACGUUUCGACCAAUCUCUCACUCUUGCCGAUCCCAAGAAAAGGACGGCCGCAGCUCGUGUUGCUCAUCCGAAUGAGACCCGCCUGGCGCGCAGCAUCCGGCCACAUCCUGCCACCGAUCCCGUUAGAUUUCCUUACACCGGCACUGCCCGGCACACAUACACGGAUACGGAUUACGGGCAUAUGGAGCUGGAGGCCGCCGUCAGGCGUGAUAUCAAGCGCCACUACAACAAGAAGAUGGAGUCGGACAGCUCCAGAAAGAAGAAGGAGACCAAGCGGAGAGAGGAAUUCAAGCGGCACAAUAACCCCACUGACAUUAACCUGGUGCCAAGCAGGGACAUGGCUGUAGCUGAUCCAGCCAAUAUGAAAGCAAACACCAUUGUAAAUGCUGGAUAUCGACAGCCAUUGACGGUGCGUGCGCCAAGUCCGCAGCUCGAUCUGACUAAGCUUAUCACUACACACCACACUGCUGCCCUAGCUCUUGUUAUUCCUGAGGAAGCACCGGGCACGAAGGAAGAGCAGCGCGACUGUGCGCGUACGCUGAGCAUCAAGGAGCGAUCUCUCUUCACAGUCUCCAACAAAGCACUGGAUCUUGGACGUGUUGAUGCUCAGUCAGAAGUGACCAGGGAGUUGACUCUUACCAACAGUAACAGCCAUGCCGUGCUCUUUUCUGCAACGGGUAGUGCUGCAGAGCUACAAAGCUGCCUUCCUUGGCAGGCUGUUGUACCUGCCAUGUCGUCUUGCGUCUUCCGUAUCACCUUCAAGGCUCCGGACAUCCCAAACCAGAGAGUGUACAGGGACGUCCAGUACUCACUUAAUGGUGUAGCCGAGCACUGGAUUACGGUCAAGGCUCAAGUGGUCCCUGUGGAGCUACUGCUGGAACCGACAGAGUUGGAACUAGCACCAACGGCGGGGAUGGGUGACGCUGGGGGUGUGUCCGGUGUUGUACGCCUAAUGAACCCCGGCAAUGCAGCUGUGCCCUUCUCAUGGGAAGUCGAUGCAAAGCCGGCCCAGGACCAUUUCUGGACUGUGGAGCCAGAAGAAGGCGUAAUCCAAAGUGGUUCGAUGCUCUAUUGCAAAGUGACAUGCUGGAGUGCUGUGGACAAUGUGUCGUCCGUUCGCUUCGCACUGAAUGCCAAUGGUGCUGUGCAAGGAGGACUGAGCUGCUCUGCAAAGUUUGCGAAGGCCGAAUGUGCAUUCCUGGAGCGUCGCAUUCAGUUUGGCAUCGUACCGUACAACCUGCUAAGCGUGCAGCCAUGCACUCUGGUGAACAAGAGCGACCAUCACACCUUCUUCCGAGUCGUUGUUUCGGGAAGUACUGAAAAGGACACCGGCGAGGAUGGCAGUCCGGCCGUUACUGCCGGCCUCAACUUGUCCGUCACUCCUGAGUGUGGAUUUCUGCCAGCUGGCGGUCAGCUACAGUUGCAGACCGUGAUAUCUCCUGGCACAACGGGCCGGCAAGAGACGUCCUUCAAUGUUACUUUCCGCGAUGGCUCGCGACUUACAUUGAAAGUAUGGGCUACUGUAGAAGCGCCGAAAGUACGCCUGGACAAUGACCGUUGGAUAUUUGGCAAUGUUUACAUGGGUAGCAUGGCGUUCCUUCCCUUCCGUCUGUCAAAUGAUGGUUCAUGCAGAGCUUUGGUCAGUUUUGACCUAUCCAAGCACCCGGAGUUGGCCAUCAAGAUCCGCGACAGGGAGCUACUGCGAGAGUCGGCCACUGUCAAGAGUUUCCAGUUCAGCAAUCGCUACACGCUAGAGGUGCCGGCGCGUACCUCCAUCAAGUGUGUUGUGCAGCUCGUGCCUAAAAACAUUCUUGUUUACUCGUAUGACGUUGUGGUGGAGGUCAACAAGUUAUCGUCGUUGCCGGCUGCACUUCGUAAGGAAGCACGCACAUUGCCGCCAGAGAAGGCCGGUGCACAGCGCAGCAGACUGGACGCCAAGACGGAAGCGAAUUUGUUUGGCUAUCGCAUGCCGCUGUGCACAGUCCAGGCCACGGUGAUGUGCUCACCGCUGAAAGUCAAGGUGGACGGUGCCCUUGUUGCUCGCUCUAAAGAUCAGGAUCAGCUACCUCAUGGUUUUACAAAAGUGGAGAUCCAGAAUCAGAGUGCGGAGGCAAUCCAGUACGCCGUUAAUCCCGCCGACGAUGACUGCGAAUGGCCUGUUGUUAACCGCCAUAUCUUUUUCGAUAAGGACGUUGAGAAUUUAGGCGAGUCCUUCCAUCGUGCCUGCUCCAACAUCAUCUGGACGUCACUUCCCAACGAGGUGUCCAGUUACUAUCUUAUGUUUGUGCCAAUGUUUGAGGAAUUCGAGGGACCGACGUACCAAUGCCUUCUGAAGCCGGCCUCGUACGACUGUCACAUCCAUUUCACGCGGGUACUAUCGACUAGAGAGUUGGCUGAGGAUCCAGGCUCCAAGUUCAUUGCCAGCAUACCUGUCACCACGCGUAUCGACGCCCCCAGUGUCACGUUUGCAUGCAACGAGGCAAGGUUAAUGCCCGUCCCGCUGGGAGCUCGCACCUCAACGAAGUUCUCCGUGACGAUGGACAACUUUGAAAAGCUCACAAAGCUAAAAGUGGUCCUGCCUGUGGAGAUCGGUGACUUAGCUGAGAUGUACGUGCUGCAGCUGGUUGCUGAUAGUACAGGUAGUGGGGUGGAUGACAACGACACACCUAUCGCAAAACGUGUCAACUACCUGACCGUACCAGCGCGGCAACGGCAGGAGUACACGCUGUUACUCUCGUUCAUGAGCAAAACGCCGAUGUCGUUCUCGACCAAGCUCAUUCUGCACUGCGAGGACCCCGACUAUGAGUUUUCUGUGCCAGUGUAUGCCAUAGCAGACAACAGCCUGCUGACGCUUCACACCUUUCUAACAGAGCAUGCAGGACACUACGACAUCUAUCGGCCCAACCCCGAUGAAGUUAAGUCAUCUGGAGAGGCCAGUGAAGAGGAUGGUGCGUUGGACACUGACGAAGCCUUCGAGGAUGACAAGUCACGGCUAGAAUCUCUACCCAACACCGGCAGCUCUAUUACACUGAAGCUGCGCGACGACUACGGUUACUCCAUUGACGAUGCAGCCACUCUGACCAUGGUGAUGAGCUCUGCCGGCAAUGCCGUGUUCACACGCACGCCAACGCCGAGUGUUGCCGUCGGAGAGGGCGGCGGCGGCGAUGACAAGCAUGGCGAGCCGCUUGAGUUCACCAUCGGCAGCAGCGUGGAAAUCGGCGGCUCCUGGUCGGUCUACUCCUACCAAUCUCAGACUGCGGCAGCUCAAGGCAGAACUAGUGCAGAUGGGGAAGCAAGUGGAGGUCGAUUGAGCCAAGCUGCAGCCCCAUCCAUUGUGUCCAGCACACUAGGAAGUGUACCGGAUGAAACACCAUUUGACACCGACCCACGGCGGCUGUUUCAAGAAUUACUUGGCCUCAACCCGUUUGAGAAUUAUCAGGACGCAAAGAUAUCGUCGCAGCAGAUGAUCGUGGGGCUGGAGCGCUGGUUGCAGUUACACGGCUGGCCAGACGGUCGCCGCCACAUGAGUAUCCCACACGACUUCCGCCGUGGCUUCCAUUUUGUGCCAGAGCCACCCAGCCCGAAGGUUGGGCCGCCCAACGUCAAGAAGCCUACGGUGCCGUCUCCGGUGCGGCGACCAUGCCUGGAUGACGUCCUGUGCCAUCUGGUGCGCCAUCGCAUUCCCGGCGUCCCCAUGGACCGCUCCCUGGUGCCCGACAUCCUGGAGCGAGCCCUGCAGAUUCAGAUGCACUACCACGAGAUUCUGAAGUUCAUGUCGAGUCGAGGCUGCUUGGUCUCCAACAUCCAGCCUGAAGACUUGCUGGACUUUGAGGAGUACGCAGCGCUCAAGUUCCACGAGAAGCACAAGGAGAGCCCGGAGGCACGACUUGAGCGGGACAUUCCGGGUUUCGUGUCUCAGCCGUUCAUUCCCACUGCAUUCCAUGGCCGCGUUGCUGAGCUCGUGCGCCUCAAGUAUAACUACGAGCUUGCCAGUCGCCAGGCCUGGAUUACUCUGCUGCUUCAGCUUGUCAAGGUCUUUGUCCUGAGGAGAAUCACACGGGCUGCUGUCAAGGCCAGUGGGCAUCCAGCGGAGGACAUCAGCGAGACAGCUCUGCCGCUCAACAACGAUGCUAUCCUGUGCAGUAACGUCUACAGUCGGGCCGAGUGCAACCUGCUGGCUUGGGUCAACCAUAUCUUUGCAAAGUACUCCUGGACAGUCAAGUCCACACAGCUAAGCUGUCGAAACUCCUCCAUCAAACCUAGGGAAGUGAACGGCUUUGGAGAGGAAUUCUCAGACGGUCUAGUGUUUGCUGUGCUCUUGUUGGCCUAUGUACCAUUCCUGGAGGAUGACAUUCUUUCACAGCUCUACUUGCAGCCGACUAGCAAGGAAGAAUGUUUGCACAACGCCAUUAGUGUAGUCAGCGCUUUUCAAGCUCUGUGCCUGGACGAUUACUUGGAGCCACAAGAUAUUGUCGAAACCAACCCAGUGGUCAUACUCCUGUUUGUGAUGGACCUGUUUCACAAGUUACCAAAAUACUUGCCCGCGCCAAACUCCGUAAGGAACACAGUGCUACUUGAAGGUACUAGAAACAAGGUGCCAGUGCGCAGGGAGGUACGGCUCAAGAACCCGAGCUCUCGCCCAGCUACCUACGUGCUGAAGUUGAUUGGCGAGUUUGCGUCACGAUUCCACCUUCUCUUAUCAAGAGGUUCGUCUGUUUCGGUACCAGCCAGAGGAAUGGUUUCAGUAGGUGUUGAGUACUGCGGACGUUUCUUACAUGAGUCUCAGUGCACGCUGAUUGCCGUCACUAACACGAUCGGGAUCAAGCAGCAGGUGCAUACGUUUGUGCUCAAGGGCUCCAUGAAGACACUCAAGACCCAUCAAAGCAAGCAUUGCUCUGCGACUUGCUAUGAGCCACAGUUGCUGAAGAUUCCCGUCGUCUCUCCCUUCGAUGUGGACGACACCUUCGCUGUGACUGUUGUUGAGAAAUCGGUCCGAUUUCCGAAGCUUGCGAAUGCUGAAACUGUGCAGAAUAUGCUGAUGGACACCAGUUCAUCACUGGCCAACUUAGCCGCAGAGAGAGCCUGGAAGUCAUCUGGAGAAGACACCGACUCAUCUGAUGCAGAUACAGUGUUACUACCGUUUGUCUUCUUUGCCAAGAAGAAGCAGAUCUAUCUAGUGGCUGGACAGGCUAGCAGCCUGCCGCUGGAGAUCAUCGCUUUGCAGCCAGUGUCCCGCAGCUGUUCUGUCAUUCUGUCAUCCAAGCGCCAUGGCGACCUGAUCAUCGACGUCACAGCUGAUGUGAAAAUGCCCAAGCCCGUGAGCGGAAGUGCGCUGGAGGAGCUUGCCUCGCUUCUGAGGCCACCGCGUCGCAUCAUGCCGUCGGGAGAGCAUCCGCAGGCGGCUCUGCGCGCUGACAACACGAUCUUCAUCCACUGCGCAAGUCACGAGGACCUGGUCUCCGAGCAGCUGGCCGUCUCGUCAUGCAACGCGGCACGUGAUCAUGCCGUAGCCCUGCGCCAAGACUGGCAGCUGAGUGACUUGGAAGUAGAACAGCGGGCCGACUUCCUGGCCACACGCAUUCCUGGCUGCGACGAUAACUUCUACUUCACACAGAUCGCUGACCUGGAGGACAAUCAGCUCGAGUUCACCGUCAGCUCUAACAAUCCAGCUCUGAACCUGCCGCGCUCCUUUGCCAUGCCCUUUUGGGAGAAUACUGCCCUGGCGGGGAAAGACUCGGCUUCUCAGCAAGUACCGGACAUCAGUUUUGGUCGACCUGCGCCGGGGAAGGCUCUGCUGGACUGGGUGUACACUUCGAACGGCGUGCCAGGACGCUACCCGCUGCAGAUUAUUCUCUGGCAUCUGGAUGAUGUGCGUGUUGUGCAACUGGAGAUUGGUGUUAGUCUGCCGCCGAUGAUGAUGGGAAAUCAGAUUAGUGUCAGGGCAGCGACAUCCUCAUCAGUUGUGCACGACCUUCCACUGACAAACAACGACCGCAACGACUGGCCUUUGGUGGCAACUGUGGAGGGACGCGGAUUCUCUGGGCCUCAAGUGUUUGUGGCCAAGGCAAUGUCAGACAGCUUCUACCCGCUAACAUUUCACCCUCACUACCUCGGAACUGUUGAAGGCAUGCUGACACUGGUCAACAAAGAAGAUGGCGUGGAGCGGUGCUUCAACCUGAGAGGCGAAGGGACAACGCCGCGUCCCCUGAAAACGAUCAACUUGAAGUGCCAAGUUGGCAAACGAGCAAACUUUGACGUCCACAUCCCGAAUGAAACCGACUUUGAUCUCAACAUGACCGUGUACAAAGACAGUGAAUGGCUGACAGGCCCAGACACAAUCUUUGUCGAAGCUCAUUCCGUGCUCACAGUACCAAUGACAUGCACGACGAAUAAACAUGGGAGCUCGUCAUGCCAGGUGAAAUUCGAGGCGACGCCGUCCACGACAGAAGGAAGAAAGUCCACCAUUGGAAGGAUCGAGUACCAGAACUACCUGGACAGCUUCAAUAAGAGUGACAACGCUGGCAACUAUCUUCACAUUGUGCAGCUCAAUAUCAAGUCGAUAAUGAAAGCACUGAGCUCUGUUGUCAAGGUUCUUGCGCCCGUCGGCAGCAAGGUGGAGUGCAUGCUGAAGCUGACCGGUGGUAAGAAAGACCUGUCGUACGACGUGAAGUUCUACGGUGACCCAUGCCUGAGUGGGCCGACGGAAGUGCUGGUGCCGCGGGGCAAGGAUCUGGCGUACGAGGCAGUAUUUGCGCCCACGCGCCUUACAGGCACCACGAAGAGCAACAUUGUCUUCGUCCCUCGCGAUGCGGUCGCACGUGAGGUCCGAUACGCCAUCGAAGCCACCGUCACAAAUGCCAGAACAGUGCAGCUGCCACGUAUGGAGGUUUCUCUGGGAAGGUCUUGUGCUAGCCCUCUGACCCUGACUAACCCGCUUUCCGAGGAGAUCAGGCUCACUCCGCUUGUGUCAAACCCGCGCAACUUCAGCCUGGACGUGAGCAAACUGGUCGGCGUGACUGUGACUGAUGACGGCGACAUCAUUCUUGAGCCCAACCAAAGUGUGGAUAUUCCCAUUGUGUUCUUUCCGACCCGAGUGGAAGGAUUGAUGAGCACCACCAUAUCCUUCACAUGCACACAGCUUGGUGCGCUGCAGUACAAUGUCACUGGAAAACCGUUAGCAGCUGGCAGCGUAGAGACAACUGUUGUUCGUUGUCCUGUGUUUGGGUCAGUACGUCACAAAGUGGUCUUCAACAUGCCUCUGGAGCACGAGGCCGUCCUGUCGUUAAACCUGGUGGAGGAGCCACUGGCCAACAUGUCCAGUAUACAACAGGCCUCGUGCCUCAUCGCCCGUUUCAACCCGAACAGCCUGCGCAGCGGGUCCGAUAUUGAGCUGCUGUUCGGAGAGUCUGUCGUGAUGCAACCAGGCACCACACUGCACAUUCCCGUUAUGUUCUCACCGCAAUCUAUGGCCACACGCUACGGGCACCUGCAGAUUACACUGCGACCGAGGGGAGGCAGUGGAAAGCAGCCAAACGCUACAUGGACAUAUCCGUUUACAUUCCUUCCGGUGUUCUCGCUGCCCAGACCCAGUCCACCGCUUGCCAUGUUGGCCAAGGUUGGCGAGCGCUCUGAGCAAAACUUCACAGUUCAGAUACCCGUAGACCUGGUCAACGAUUGCCUGCAACCUCCGGGAGCUGUUGAUGAUAGCUCAGCACGGCGGACGGUGUCAACGGACAGCUUGUGGUCAUCUCUGCGCUCGCUGGCGAAACGCCAAGAGGAGUUUGAGCAGGCAUCGGAGAUGUUAAGAGGUUGCUGCGCUGCAGUGCUGCGCAACCAAGCCUCGGUCGGUGAGCACGGCGGCGUGCAGCUUUCUCAUGACGUCAUCUUCUUGCCAAGCUACGAAGGCUGGUUUGACGUGGCACUCACUGUAACGCACAAAGACUUGGGCGAGUGGCAACAACCCCUGACACUGCAUGCAUCCAGUGGUGAAUAUGAUGGAGUCGUUCACCUGGACUUGGAGAGCCUGAACCAGGAACUGUCGGUGGUUCUUGAUGUUUGCAACAAACGCAGUUGUCCUGCUGAGUGUAGGGCGUUUUUCACAACCGGCUCUCACCAAGGCUUUUCAGUGCGACCGAAAGAGGCCAUCCUUCCACCAAAGGGCACCAAAGAGGGUUGCAUGUUCGAAAUCACCUACUCACCAAAGAUCUACCGUUUCCCACUGGAUGGCUUUCUCAUCAUCAAGACUACUGCUGAUCAGUGGAUCUUCAAAAUCGAGGCGAAAGCAGCAGCACCAGAUGCGGAUGGACAGACAUCGUAUUACACUGCUCGCAAUGAGUCACCGAUGCCGUCCACACAGAACUUUGUGCGCUUCAAUCGCCAGCAGCUCAAGAAGGGCGUUUGAGACACCGCCACUGCUGUGGUGGCACUGCUGGUUCACACGACAUUGACUUGAUUGAUUCGGAUACGAAAUACUUGAAGCAAAUUACCUGCCUACUGAUGGACACUGGAUAUUAAUUUUGUUAUAAUUUGUCGUGUGCUCAUUGAUAUCAUGUAGCAGCAGCAGCGAUAGCAUUGCCACAGCUAUGUACACAAAUUCAAAGUUGAGAUGAUAAUCGUUCAUACCUGCCACAGAGCAGAAUACUAGUACCAGGACAAGUAGUAAACAGGGACAUAAUAAUUAUGGUGCCGCCGCCGCUGCUGCUGCACACUGUAGAUGUACGUAUAAUUAUGUCGUGUAUGCCACACGCUUGCUCACUCACUCUGUAUGGUGUAUGCCACACGCUUGCUCACUCACUCUGUAUGGUGUUGGCUCACAGUAUUCUUGCCACUUUCUCAGUCUUGCGCUGUGCACGCGUCAAGCAUUCUAUGAUGUAAAAAAAAACAUCCGCAUCAACACAUUCA